GGACAGCACCUCACCCAUUUUCCCAAAAAAAAAGCCCUACCUCCUCCAUUUUUUCUUGUCAAGAACACAUUCAAUAUUGACGUGCGAAUCAAGACAAGUUCCGUUUCAUUCUCUUCUUCCAUUUUCAUUUCUCCAAGGUUUUCAAAUUAUUAUUAUGGCUUCACCUUUAAUUGCUGGGAUUGCUGUGGCUGCUGCAGCAUAUGCCGGUAAAUAUGGUAUCCAGGCUUGGCAAGCAUUCAAAGCUAGACCACCUGCAUUGCGUAAAUUUUAUGAAGGUGGUUUUCAGCCUACUAUGACGAAGAGGGAAGCAGCUCUCAUACUUGGUGUUAGACAGACAACUCCGACAGAUAAGAUUAAAGAAGCGCAUAGGAGAGUGAUGGUUGCAAACCAUCCCGAUGCUGGUGGCAGCCAUUAUCUCGCUUCUAAAAUCAAUGAAGCAAAAGAUAUGAUGAUUGGAAAGACCAAGGGUGGUGGAUCAGCAUUUUGAAGCCGUGUAAUCUUUCUGCCAAUUAUCGAGACAGUUCAGACUUUAGAAGUUGUGCUUGAUUUAAUGUCAGAUUAUAAGUUUUGUACUAAUCCCCCAAUUAUUUUAUUAGACCCAAAUAUGCAUAUAUUUUUGUCGAGAUGACAAAAUUACUGGAACCUGACUUCUGUCAUUAGAGCUGAGUUGUGAAUUGUGAUGGCAAUCAAUAGGUGCUCUUGUUUUCCCCCUAGUUUAAGUUUAUGCCACGUUAGCACACUAUAACGUGUUGUAAACUUCUGAGUUGCUAAUAAUGCAAGUUACUUUUUUGUAUUUGCUUGCCGAAAGAAGAGUGGACGGUUUAUUUAGCA